AAACAUUAUUACAAGAAAAAACCUGAAUCCGGUUUAUUUUUCUUGUUUGAACUUGAGUCGCAAUUUAAUUACAACGCAUGGAUCGCCUGAAAAACGCGAGUGAGGUCACGCCGGCGUCCAAAGCCGACGCCUCGGCGGUGGAAGCAGCGCCGCCAAUCUCAGCUUCAGAGACCUUUACAGUAAACUUGAUAUGCGGAAUGAGUCUGGUUCUAUCCUUCUGGAUAUCCAACAGUCUCUACUCCAUCGAUCUCGUUACCGAUCCUUCUCUCACUCUAUUCCUCAUUUCGAUUAUAGAGCUUCCGAUCGUGAUUCUUCUCUACAGUCGCUAUCGACAGAAUCGCCAACAAUGUUCGUACCUACGAGCCGUUGGGAGAGGUAUUCUAGGAGUGCCAGUAGGAGCAUUACUAAAUUCAUUAGGAGCUAUUGCUUUGGGGGCACCGGUUACCUCUCGGUGCCUGCCCAAGACUCUAACUUGGUCUCUUAUGAUGUCAUUGUUCACAACAGUUCCAGCAUCAUGUGUUCUUGGUUCAUCAUGGGCCGACUGGAAACGGAUAUUUGCGCACGCUAAGCCAAAUGGAUCUAUUGAGUACCUGAUUUGUUUACAAGCCCAUGGAGCAGUUAUCGGGGGAUGGUUUGGGGCCUGGCCAAUGCCACUUGACUGGGAGAGGCCCUGGCAGGAAUGGCCUAUUUCUGUAAGCUAUGGAACAUUGGCUGGUUACCUAGUGGCAUCCGUUGCAUCAUUAGGCUUUGGUCUUGCUCAUCGCAGUAGGUUGAAACAUGUCAAAAAUGAAUGAAGUGCAAAUGUCUGCUUCUGUUAAUUGCUACUUGUAAUUCUAUUCAUUCUAAAAAGAGUCAAGUAUGCCGGAGUAUAACUAUUACAAGCGAGAGUACAAAAAAGACUACCAUCCUCAUAUGGCACCUAAUUUAUGAGGAAAAACAAUCAUUAAUCUGUCAUGAGUUUAAGCGCAACUGCAACAUUCAAGAGAAGAAUAAGAUGCUUUGUCUGACUUGAAGACCGCUUUAGGGGAAAAAAUUAGUUAGGGGAAGGUCCUAAACCAUUUUAUCAAAAAUCUAACUUGUUUAUUUGGGAUAUAUCAUGUAAAGACGAUAAGAGCAACUAUUGUGAUAUUAGUUUACUUGUUUAUUUAGGAUAUCUAUAACAAUAUAUAAAGGCAAAACAUUAUUUUAGUGUAA